UGCCGACUUUUUUCUGCCAACGUCCAAACAUUUCGAAUUAACUCGUUUUUCUCCAUUGUGGAGAAAGUGCGAACUAGAUGGCUCCUAAAGCAGAUGAUGACUUUGUGUUCACUAUCUCUGAUCACGAUGAUGUCUCCGACGAUGGCGACUUCGACGACUUGCACGACUUGCCUUCCUCCGAAUUGACAAAGUUAUCUGGGCACGGAAAGAAAAGGAGAUAUGACGAGGAUGCUGAGAUAACGGACAAAACUGAGGAGAGCGCGAGGAAGAGAACGAAGAAAGAUAAGAAGAAGAAGAAAGGGAAGAAGGCUGCCCUCGACCCCGAGGAAGUGGAAGACUCCGGCGCGGAUAUUGAACCAGAACAUCCGGUCGAGGAUAAUGCCGACAUUGCCUCCGACUUCGAAUUUCAGGUUGGAGAUGUGGAUACGGGCUUUAUGGAGGAAUUCGAUGGUUGGGGAGAGUCAAAGGCAAUCGGAGCUCAGGCGAAAAGUGCGGAGAAAAAAGGUACAGCUGUUGAUGUGGAUGAAAUUAUAGAGAGAAGGAGGAAUAAAAAUAACAUUGUGGAGGAGGCCGGGGAAGUAGCUGAGGAUGAUGAUGAUGAGGAGGAGGAGGAGGAGGAGGAGGAGGAAGAGAACAUAGAGUUUGAAGGGUUUGGAGACGACGAUGAGCUGUUGGCAGAUGACGGCUUCGGGAUGGGAGCAGAGAGUGAUGAAGAAGACGAAGAGGAGGGGUCAGAGGCAGGUAGCGGCAGUGGUUUUCAGGGCAGUGACAACCAACAAGCGGGAGAAGAUUCGGAUGACGACUCCGUUGCCGCGCCCGUUCCUCAUCCAAUGGACUUCGGGGGCUCAGAGUCGGAGGACGAUAGCGACAAAGAGGAUGCGGUAGAAGCAAAGAAGCGUGCAGACUUCUUUGCUCCUGAAGAAAGUGCUUCCGUCAAGAAGAAGGGAUCGAAGUCUUCCAGGUCCUUCCAAUCCAUGGACAUCUCACGCCCGAUCCUUAAAGGCUUAGCUUCCGUAGGCUUCACCGAACCAACUCCAAUCCAGUCGAAGACCAUCCCGAUUGCCCUUCUAGGCAAAGAUGUUGUCGGAGGAGCCGAAACCGGUUCCGGCAAAACCGCUGCCUUCCUCAUUCCGAUCCUCGAACGUCUGCUACAUCGCCCGAAAAAGAUACCCGCUACUCGAGUCGCCAUCCUCAUGCCCACGCGUGAAUUAGCCGUCCAAUGUUUCAACGUCGCUAAGAAGCUGGCUGCAUUUACUGAUAUCACGUUUGUGCAACUGGCUGGCGGUUUCUCGUCUCGUGAACAGGAAGCUAUUCUCCGAACCAGACCGGAUGUUGUCAUUGCGACCCCUGGUCGUUUUAUCGACCACAUGCGAAAUUCGGCAGCUUUCCAAGUUGAGAGUCUUGAGAUCUUGGUUCUCGAUGAAGCCGAUCGAAUGCUUGAGGAAGGGUUCGAGAGUCAAUUGAACGAGAUCUUGACUACCAUACCCAAGUCACGACAGACAAUGCUGUUCUCUGCUACCAUGACCAACUCAGUUGACACGUUGAUUCGCGUUGGAAUGAACCGACCUGUUCGACUAAUGGUUGAUGCUAAGAAGAAAACUGUUGCCGGGUUGGUGCAGGAAUUUGUUAGGCUUCGGCCUGGGAAAGAGGAUAAGCGGCAAGCUUACUUGAUGUACAUGUGCGCGAGCGUGUACACGGAUAGAGUCAUCGUAUUCUUCAGGCAGAAGAAAGAAGCGCAUCGAGUGCGCGUCUUGUUCGGGCUGUGCGGACUGAAGGCGAGCGAGCUUCACGGAAACAUGAGCCAGGAGCAGCGAAUUCAGAGCGUCGAAUCCUUCCGCUCUGGCAAAACGUCCUACCUGCUAGCUACCGAUGUGGCCUCCCGUGGUCUCGACAUCAAGAAUGUCUCCACCGUCCUGAACUACGAAGCCCCUCAAAGCCACGAGAUCUAUCUCCAUCGUGUCGGUCGUACUGCUCGUGCUGGGCGAACCGGUCGAUCAUGUACCAUUGCCGCAGAACCAGAUCGCAAAGUCGUCAAGGCGGCCGUCAAAGCUGCGCGUGCUCAAGGUGCCAAGGUUGUCAGUCGCCAAGUGCCAGCAGAGGAGGUAGAAAAAUGGAUUGAGAAGCUUCGCAAGCUAGAAGAUGAGAUCGAUGAGGUCCUCAAAGAAGAGAAAGAGGAGCGAGCGCUCAGCAUCACCGAACGUGAUUUGAAGCGCGGCGAGAACCUCAUCAGGCACGAGGAUGAGAUCAAGUCUCGACCAAGGCGGACAUGGUUCGAGAGCGAGAAAGAGAAGCUGCUGGAGAAGCAGAAAGGGGCUGCUGCGCUGAAUGGACUAGUUGAAGGGGUCAAGAAGGAGAAGAAGAAGCUCAGUGGCAAGGACAAGAAGAAGUUAGAGCUCCGGGAUGCUAGGACUGAAGGCAAGGUGUGGAAGAAGGGAAAAGAGGAGAGAGGCAGGAAUUCAGUUAAGGGGAAGGAUGCGAAGAUGAAUAGCAAGGGCAAAAUAGGUGGAAAGGUGAAGGGUCGAUGAUUGGAGCAUGUGCGAACAAGGGCUAUAUUUU